AUGCCCCAAGACCCUCAAGAUGGGUUCAUAGAGCUUGUACAAGAAUGCAUACAGAACCUGUCGACAGAAGAAGAGGCCACGGACGACCAGCCAGUUGGCGUUCUUUACAAGUUUUCGGUGCUUGCUGAUGCAGCGCAACAGUUUGACGACCCCUUGGGUAAACUGCACGCUACUGCAGCAUGCUCAAAUGUGCUGAUCUUGCUGAGCCGCGGAUUUACAACCAAGCACCAGCAUGCUGCAUUUACCGCAUUGAAGAUCCUUGAAACCAUUGUUUGUUCAGAAAGCAACAAGUUCCCUGAAGAUCGGUCUGCCGCAGAUGCUCUCGCUGCAUUUUUUGCUCACCUGGUGUCGAAUCUUCGACCGAGCGUACAAGCAUCGCCCACAGACCGAUCAAAAAUACAUAACAUCAUGUACUCGCUCGACUUCCUACAACGUAUCCUGAAACAUUGUCGAACUCGAAUGAAAAGGGCCCAUGAGACAUGCCCUUUUGCCCUGCUAUAUCCGCUUGCGAUUGCCCUUGCUGACAAGGACAAGGAUGGGCGGGUUGGCUGGAUGUCUGUAUUAUUUAUGAAGCGGACCUUGAUUCCGCCAGAAACUCUCUCCCACUACAUUGCGCUAAUGCACGGUAUUGUUAAGACGAAUAUUAUUGUAUCGGCACGAUCGGACGGGCCGGACCCAACUAUUGUCGCGACGAUGUUGAGCUUGAUUCGGUAUAUGAAAGCACAUGUUCCUUCGCUGGGAACGCUUUUAGAAGACUGCAGUCCGUACGUUAGACGAAAGACAUUAGAACUCCUUCAUACGAUCACCACCAGCAACGGCGACAUGGUAUCGAUCAUUCUUCUCCUAGAUCAUCUCUACCGGUGUUUAGACCACAUACAUAACCCAUCAUUUACGGAAUGGUGGACACGUACCAUCACGGACGACUAUACAGAGUUCUUCUUGGACCCUUCUCAUCCCAUCGACAGGGAAUCUCUCAAAAUUUGUGUAAAUAUGCUUUUGGAGGCGCUUUCCGCAGGGAUGCGCGACUUUUCGGGACCAGAGAUUACAGUGGAAAGGAAACGAUUCAUGUUUUUGUUGGAUAGGUUCUCGGUGGGGUUUGCUGAUGUUCUGAGAAAUAGUAAUCUGCGAACUUAUCUCUUUCAACUGUACGGUGAUAAUGAUGCGCAGCUUUUUGGUGUUCUUUCCAUCUUUAUCCAGUUGUAUAUCGGUGUACAACAGGACGAGAUAAUGAAGCGACUUUUCCCAACCAUUACGUACGCUCUCCAUACCCUCAACCCUCACGCCCUCUGGAUUCACUUCUCCUUAAACACCAACAACGAUCCAGAAACUCUCUUGGACUUUUUGAUAUCUGGCGAAACGGGAUUUCUAGAAUAUUUUGUCAAAUAUUUGCGAUUUAUCCUGUCGCGUGUGGAAGCCUUUCGGAACAUGUGUCAGCGUCAAGGGGCUAUGGAGGUCCAGCUAUUGCUAUUGAGCGGUUUGAAGGAUCGAGUGGAGAGUUUGUGGAAACGUGGGUUGUUUCCAUACGAACCUGGAGUGCUAGUCAAGAGACUGGAUGAUGUUAUUAGUGCUCUGAGUGGGUAG